CGAGAGUAAGGAAAAUAAAGGCAGAUGGAGCUAGGUGUUUUAAUUAAAAUGGUGUACCUGGCGUUGGCAAUUGCUUUUGCCAAUGCAGCAGCUGAUAUAGGUGGUUCCUUUUCUGUUAUAGAAGAGAGAGUUUUAGCGGAGGAAGAUUUGACAUGGGCAGGUCAUGGAGAUGGGGAGAAGAGGGAUGUGGAAGCCCUUCUGUCCAUUAAGAACGCCGUUACUCUCGAUCCCCUGCACUCGCUCUCCACCUGGACUGCAAAUGCGUCGUCAAACGCGUGCUCGUGGAAUGGGGUUUCGUGCAGGAAAAAUACCCACAGAGUGGUUGCAAUCAUUCUCCCUCAAUUAGGAUUGGAAGGUACCAUUUCUCCAUCCAUAGGGAACCUUUCCUUGCUGCACACUUUGAAUCUCUCCAGCAAUUCUUUGAUGGGAAGGAUUCCACCUCAGCUUGGCCAACUGAAGGCAUUGAGAGUUCUCGACCUCAUGGAUAAUCAUCUGAUGGAUUCCAUCCCCACAUCCCUUGCUAAUUGCACACACCUUCAGUGGAUUAGACUUUCCAAGAACAACUUCACGAGGAGCAUACCAGAAGAAUUUGGUGGCCUGAUCAACUUACAGCAUCUCCGCUUGUCCUACAAUGGUCUCAGUGGAAGUAUUCCAAAUUCUCUGGGCAAGUGCACGUCUCUGCUUGUUUUGGUCCUGGGCUUUAACAGUCUCACAGGUGGGAUCCCGUCUGAACUUGGGAGGUUGGAGAAAUUGCAAAUCCUUGGCCUGCAAUCCAACAGGUUGGGGUCUCAAAUCCCUGCAGCUCUGGGUAAUUGUUCUUCACUUGAGGUACUGUUUCUUGGGGAUAACUCGUUGAAUGGUAGUAUACCACCUGAACUAGGAAAUUUGAAGCAGCUUUUCCAAUUGUCACUGUAUGGCCCAGGCAAUCUGACAGGUUCCCUUCCUGCAGAAAUAGGAAACUGUAGCAGUCUUGUGUGGCUUGAUCUUGGAUGGAACCUUUUUAAGGGAUCAUUACCCUUGAGUAUUUUCAUGCUUCCUAUCUCCACCCUCUCUUUAAUUGGAAACAAAUUGAGCGGAACCAUUUCCUCAGAAGUUGGAAAGCUUACAAAUUUAGUCAGUUUGGACUUAGGUAUAAAUGGGUUUACAGGUUCUAUACCAGAGAGCAUUGGAAACCUGUCGGAGUUAACCUCUUUGAAUUUAGGUACAAAUAGGUUAGCAGGGAGCAUACCUGCAGCAAUAACCAAUUUGACGCUGCUUGAGAAUCUCUACCUGGACACUAACAAUCUGACAGGUAUACUUCCUGAAGCCAUGGGAAACUUCCGAUCCUUAAAAAAAUUGUAUAUGGUUUCCAACAAUUUAAGCGGAUCUAUACCAUAUAGUAUUGGUGAACUCAAAAAUCUUACUCAGCUAGCCAUCUACAACAAUAAAAUUUCUGGGGCUAUUCCUGAAAACAUUGGCAAUUUGGUUUCCCUUCAGAGGUUGGAUGUUUCUGGUAAUCAGUUGACGGGACAAAUUCCGCAAUCCUCAGGCAACUGCAAGUCUCUGACGGAUUUGGUAUUGGCCGACAAUUUUCUGACCGGAACAAUUCCUGCGACCCUGUUUAACAGCACUGCAUUCAAGAGGCUAAAAUUAUCCAGCAACUCGUUCCACGGAGAUCUAAAUUUGAAUUUCUCUUCUUCCACCGAAGUUAUUUCAGCUCAUUCUAAUAAUUUCUCUGGGCCUUUGCCUGCUUCCUUGGCCAAUUGUACACAUCUUCAACUUCUGGAUCUGAGCAAGAAUCGAUUGACAGGUGAGUUUCCUCCAGACAUUCUUGCAAAUUGUCAAGAAUUGAGAGUUUUAAGUCUUGGCUCUAAUGACCUUGAGGGUAAAAUACCUCUAUGGAUCACAAACCUUACCAGUUUGCAGGUGCUGGAUCUUUCCAAUAAUAAUUUCAGUGGAAGAAUCCCCUCAAGUUUGAAGGGCCUCAAGGGAUUUCAAAUUCCAGAAUCUUCUCAAUUGACAGGUAAUACGCUCUAUGAAGACAUGCCCAUAGUAAUAAAAGGAAUCGAGUAUACAAUUACUUAUGUGCUGACAGCAAACACUAUACUGGACCUGUCAUACAAUAAUCUUGUUGGGCAAAUACCAGAAAGCAUAGGUAAUCUGUUUAGCAUGAGGCUGUUAAAUCUGUCAGGAAAUCAACUGGUAGGUCACAUACCUGCAUCUCUGGGACAAAUAUCAACUCUGGAACAGUUGGACUUGUCUCAGAAUAGUUUGAGUGGGCAGAUACCAGAAGAGCUCUCUAACUUGUUCCUCUUGGCCUAUUUCAAUGUUUCUUUCAAUGGUCUCUGUGGGCACAUACCCGGAGGACCGCAGUUUGUGACUUUUGAUGAGAGAUCAUACCAGGGAAACCCUCCAUGUUUAUGUGACAAUACAAAUAGAUCUACUUUCAAGAAGUGCAUCAAAAAUGUGGCAUUAGUGUCACCUUCAGAAAAGAAGGAUAAGUCACUGUGGAGCAGGCUAGAUGAGCACGUGUCAUUGAUUGCUGUUGGCCUGGGAUUAGGAAUUGGGUUUGCGGGAACAAUAUCAGUGAUUGUGUGGGGAACCAGCCUUGGUAAUUGGAUUAGGACACUCAAAUGAAGAGGACUUUGUGGUGUUUGAAUUACAUAUAUCAGUUUUUGUUUCAGCAAAUCACUCCUGCAGCGGCUGGUUAGAUCUGCGUUCAGUUGUUCGUCUUAAAAUUGUUUUUGUUUUCAUCUAUUCAGCACAGACAGUCUGUCUAAAGUUUAUAAAAGGCUUUUUAUUGAGGUCAAUUUGUCGUUCUUAGAGCACAACUAGUACGUCGCUUCAAAAUUUAGUUAGUUAAUAUUACUGUAAUAUGCUGAAUGUGUUGGGUGGGUGAGUAGUUAAUAUUACUGUAAUAUGUUGAAUGUGUUCAGUGGUUAGGUUGUUAGUUAAUGUAUUUGGUGGGUUAGUUAUAGUUCGGAGGUCUGGACGGUCGGUUGUACGUGAAAGCGUAAAGAAGGAUUUAGUACAAUAGAUAUUAAAAUGUAAUUCUAUCUGGUGGAAUAAUAAUAUUACUUUGUAUAAUAAUCUAGAUUUUAUUUUA